ACCAAACUCGCAGCCCCUCCAGCUGUCUCAUAAAUUUCCUUUCCAAUUUCCAUUCAACUUACGUUAUCAAAGCCGAUACUUUUCUGACUUCAAUUCCUAAGUUCUAACGUUACGUACGUCCUGUUUGUUCACAUGGCCAUGAAGAGAAUGAGAGAAGAUCACGGAGGGAAAAUAGAGAGCUUAGACAUGGCUGAUUGUCUGAUGCUGCUGUCUCAUGGCUUAGCAGCAAAUACGACCAAGCCCAAAACAUCCUCGAAGGUUGAUGUCUUUGAAUGCAAGACUUGUAAUCGCCAAUUCCCAUCGUUUCAAGCUCUGGGUGGCCACCGAGCCAGCCACAAGAGGCCGAGAUUAAUGGGGCCGGAAGAAGAACAGAGAGAAGAUGGGAAUAAAUUGCAGACGUCAGGGAAGAAACCAAAGAUGCAUGAGUGCUCCAUUUGUGGGCUGAAGUUUGCGAUGGGGCAGGCUCGGGGUCAUAUGAGGCGGCACAGGCCGAAUCAUGAUGAUCAUCGAUUAUCAUACGUUCCUCAUGAUGUCGGCGCAAAAGUGCCGGUGGCGGUGAUGAAAAGAUCUAAUAGCAGUAAGAGGGUUGUCUGCAGCUUGGACUUGAACUUGACACCUUUGGAGAACGAUUUGAAGUUGUUAUUUGGGAAGAUGGCUCCUAAAGUAGAUCUUCGUUUGAUGAUUUGACGUCGAUCUCAGCUAGAUUUUCAUGUGUAGCCAGUUUUUUUUUUUUUUUUUUUCAUUUCAUUUUUAUAUUCAUUCAUUUAUAAUUUGAUGUACGUAUAAUAUCAUUCAUGAGUUGAUCUAAUUUACAGAUUUUGUUAAUUGAGACGUUGCUUUUUUAUCU